AUCUGUCAUGUUACUGAGAAACCCUCCAUUCUGAAAGCUUUUCUGUGCUGGAAAAUGUAGUACAAGUUAGUACAAGAUACAGCUUUACUUCUGACUCUUAUAAAGUGCUGACACUAGAGACUCCUUCCAAAAAUGUUAAACAUCCCCGAAAGUGCCUUCAAUGGGCACAUGAGCAUCAGAACUGGACCAUGGAGUAAUGGAAGAAGGUGGCUGGUCUGAUGAAUCACGUUUUCUUUUGCAUCAUGUGGACAGCUCGAUGUGUACAUGUGCAUCACUUACCUGGGGAAGAGAUGGCUCCAGGAUGUAGGCAGUGGAGGCAGUGUGAUGCUCUGGGCAACGUUCUGCUGUGAAACUUUGUGUCCUAACAUCCUCCAUGUGGAUGUUAUUUGACACAUACCACCUACCUAAACAUUGUUGUAGACCAAGUACACCCCUUCAUGGCAACGGUAUUCUUAAUGGCAGUGGCCUCUUUCAGCAAGAUAAUGCACCCUACCACACUGCAAACAUUGUUCAGGAAUGGUUUGAGGAACACAACAAAGAGUUCAAGGUGUUGACUUGGGCUCCAAAUUCCCCAGAUCUCAGUCCGAUCGAGCAUCUGUGGGAUGUGCUGAACAAACAAGUCCGAUCCAUGGAGGCCUCACCUCACAACUUACAGGACUUAAAGGACCUGCUGCUAUCGUCUAUGUACCAGAUACAGCAGCACACCUUCAGAGGUCUUGUGGAGUCCAUGCCUCGAUGGGGCAGAGCUGUUUUGGCAGCACAAAUGGGACCUACACAAUAUUAGGCAGGUGGAUUUAAUGUUACGGCUGAUCAGUGUAUAUCAUUCUCCCCAGAGACUAUAGCAACUAUGUGAAAUCAUGAAAAUCAUGUAAUAUGGUUUUAGCCAAAUUAUCCAAAAAACAUAGGAAAGUUACAAAAGAGAAAUCUUUAUUACUUAUUAUUAUUAUUAUUAUUAUUAUUAUUAUUAUUAUUAUAUGCAGCCAAUGACAAUAUCAAAGGAAAAAAAUAAUAAUCUAAUCAAAUUUACCCCCUCUGUGUGUAAUUGGCUGUGCUCCAGGAUGGAUUUAAAUGUCUGUGUGCUAACGAAUCGACUUUAUAAAAACAACAAUUCCCCCGUGAUUGUGCCCUGGCAGGGUGUUAAUUGAAAAAUGGUCGUGUAACGUAAGCAGUGUGGUUGUCAUGGAGUUUCAGGGCUAAAGUGAAAUGGUUUGCGCUUGCAGUUGCUCAAAAGACAGAAGACUCAACUGAAGAUGCAACAUUGCUCUGAGUUUUUUCGUUUUCACUCAAUCAAUAUGGAAACAACAGAGAUGGAUUAAAAACUAAAAGCAUAGCACCUACUAUUGAUACUUUUAAUUCAAAUUCAAUAGGACAUUAAACAAUAAGAGAUUUAGAAGACUGAGCCUAAUUGUUGAGGUAUGUUAACAUUACUAUAUACUGUAUAUACUGUAUAUGUUUUAGGUUUUAAAAGUAUUCAAUGUUUAGGUAAUACAUGUUUUAAUCUGAUCAUUUUACAAAAAUGGAGUACCUGUUAUUGACACCUGUCUGUUCACAUCUACUAAUUUACUUUUAUGCUGCAAAAUUUACUACUAAUGUAAGACUUUUCUCCCCUCGACCUUUUCCUUGAGAAAUAUUAUCACAUAGCAAAAGAUAAAAAUGCUCAGGGUUGUACCGGAGAAGCUUCGUUAUGACUAGUAUUGGGUAGCCUCUUUAAGAAAAGAAAGAAAAUAGAAAUUGGCAAUAAUCGAUAAUAGGUGCUAUGUCGAUAUGCUAAAUGCAGUUUGGAAAUGAUUGGUAAUUUCACUAAUCCUUGGGGACAAGUGAAUAAGAAUACAUGGCAAAAUAACGUCCAUGUGGCCAUCUUGGUUACCAACUGUACAGUGUUGCUUGUAACAUUUUUUGUGGGAAUCGUGGCCAACCUUUUCGUCACAUAUGCUGUGUACCAUCAGAAAUCCCUCCAGACCUCCACCAAUGCACUCUUGGUUAAUCUCGCAGUCAUCGACCUGCUGCGAUGUGCUACUGACUGUCCGUUGCUCCUGGUUGUCGUCUUGAACGAAAAGAACACCAGAGACCUUGGGGACCUCCUCUGUGAUGGCCAGGUGAUGUCAUUUUCCCUCAGCUGUUGUGUCCAGUUGUUCACUCUGGCAAGCAUUAGCGCUGAACGACACCAGGCCGUUGCUAAUCCAUUUAAGACUGCUGAGCGGCGAAAACGGGUUAAGGUCUGGAUCCCACUCACUUGGACUGUGGCCAUCGUGGUGUCAGCUCUGUGCGUCAUGUUUACAAAAGACUCCUCUGUCUAUGUUCGAUGUAGAGCUUUGCAUUGGGAUGCAUUAAAGACAUAUGGCUCAUUUGGACGUUACGUCUUGUUGCCUGUCUGGUCUGUGUGCUUGGCUCUUAUCGUUGGCUUCUAUUCCCGAAUAUUCGUCCUGGUCAGGGCACACAACAGAAAGAUUUUUGACAAGGGCAUUUCUGCCCCACCUUUUAAAAAAGUCCCUGAAGACAAGAAAAAAGUGCAGGAAACUGUGGAAGCCAAGGUCGCCAUUGUGACUGAACCAGUGGCACUGAAAAAAAUUCAUGAUACUCAUUGCAUGCAAGAAGCAAAUGGGCCAGCACAUGGUACAAAGUCAUGUAAUGGAGAUCCUGAGGACCAAAAGACCUUGCCAGCUGUUGCUGAAAGUCAGUCUCUUCCUAUGGACACCAAAACCUUGGAUGUCAAAACAGAAGAGACACUUGAACAUCCCAACCAGCAAAGUGUGACACUUGUUUCUGAACUGCACCACAACACAACUGAACUGAUAGAUCUGGAGAACAGUGGUGAGAAUCCAGGUGAUCCUCCUAAAGAUGCUGAGAAACCAACCUCUGAGCAGGUUCCUCCAGCAGCAACCAACCAACAACCUGUGACACUUGUUUCAGAACUGCACAAUCACACAACUGAACUGACAGAUCUAAAGAAUGGUGAGGAGAACCUAGGUGAUCCUCCAAAAGAUGAUGAGAAACCAAACUCAGAGCAGGUUCCUCCAGCAGCAGAUGGUGCUCAGACUGCUUCAGCAGGCCAAACCAUGGAUGUGAUGGGAGAAGUAUGCAUGAUGCCAUCCUUCGCCAAUAAGGACAGAGGCAACAAGAAGAAAGAGAGCAAGCUAGCCAAGCGUUCCGGUUACAUCAUUCUUACUUUCCUAGUCUUUUGGAUGCCACUGAUUGGGUCAGUGCUCCUGAACACCUUUCUGAACAGAAACCAGACUUGGGAAGUAAGUCUGAUUCCUUAAUCUGUAUAUGAGUUAAAUAUAAGCAACUAAUGUGAAAGCAUGAUGGCUUAAUAUGUAUACGAGUUAAAUAUAAGCAAACGUAAAUCUGAUGGCUUAGUCUGUUUAUCAUUUAAAUAUAUGCAAACUAACACACAAGUCUGAUGGGUUGAUCUGUAAAGUAGUUAAAUUUAAGCAAACUAACAUUUAACUAACUUAUUCACAGCAGUCAGAAAUUUGAGCCUUUACUCAUAUAUUUUUUUGAUAGAAUGACACUUGUUCCUUCUUAAUAUUCCUAUUUCAUAGUUCAUCCAGGAGGUUGAAGUCCUUGUGGUCUCCAUUGCCUGCAUGACAUCCCUCACCAACCCGAUCAUUUAUGCAGUGGUGAACCCACAGUUCCGCACUGAAUUCUACAGCCUAAAGGCGAGAUGGAAAGCACUGUGCAC